AUGUGUGCUACGCAAGACACGUCCUCUAAUCUCAACAGCCGUCUGGGAUCUGAAAUGGUUCAAGUCCUCGUUGGCAAAGAGCAGCGCGACUUCCAAAUGCACAAGAAGCUCCUCUGCACAACCAGCACAUUCUUCCGCGACCAUGUUGAAGCCGCCCAGAAAGAAAGCAACCGGACCGACUCCGAAUCCGAAGAUUCCGUUCUCUGGCUCCCUGAAGAGUCACCCGAAGUGUUCGAACUAUUCAUCGUCUGGCUUUAUGACCGGCGCGCCUUUCAAGCAUACGUCGACAGCGGCAUAGAAAAGGCCUCGAGAGACCGAGCGUCUCCCACCUCCUCCCCCAGCCGAUUAUCUCCUGCGCGACAAUCCCCGUUUCGAGUCGGAACUACCCGACAUGCGGAAACAUGCGGUGGUGACCGGCGCACCCUCCGUUGGAAUCUUGUUCGUCUGCAUCUCUUCGCCGAGAUAAUAGACCUCCCCGCUCUACAAGACGCCUCGAUGGACGCCCUACAGGAUAUGUACCUCCGCUGCGACUGGGAUAUGUCACCGGGGUUCAUAACCUUCCUGUACGGGGACUGUUCGCUCGACAACGCAGUCAGGUUGCGCAAAUGGGCCGUGGCGAUGUUGGCGUGGACGCUGCAUGGCGGAGAUGGUACGUCAAGUCAGUUUGAGAAGCUGUUUGCUGUGUUCCCGAAGCUUAAAGCGGACUAUGGCAUUCACUUCAACAAGAUGGCGGCGAGCAAGGCCGAUAUAAGAAUCAAGAACCCUCAGUUGAGGCUCCCGAUGAACAACCUGAGGAGCGAAGAGCGUUUCUUUGGGUUCAGACAAUGCUCGUUCCAUAGCCAUCGGUCGACGGUUGGGGAAGGGGUUUGUCCCCAUUUGGUUACAGGGCUGGAAGGGACAGAUGAGGGUAGGUCGACCAUAAUGGGCGACGAUAUCAUUUCUGAAGAAGAUGAAGAGGAGCUGGAGGGAGGAGAAGGGAGUUCGGAUAGCGAGAUCAUCACGCCUGUGUGCGACAUGGAAACUUCUUUUCUGGACCUCUCAUAG